UGCAGGGUUAAUGUCUGCCCGCACGUGACACCACGGGCAGGGAAGGCAACUGGGACGGGACUGCCAGGACAGGGUGGCUUCCUCCCUGCGUCCGGGCUGGCCGUUGCCGCCGCGCUGCAGCCCAUGCCGCAGCUCACCGGGACGGACGGGCCAAAGGCAUGUCGGAGGCGACGAACGGCUCCCUGACCACCCACGUGCUGAACACGGCCACGGGGCUGCCGGCAGCCGGCCUCGCCAUCCACCUGGCCCAGCUGCAGGAGCCGGGGCCGCGGUGGACAGAGGUGGUGCAGAGGUGGACAGAUGAGGAUGGGCGCUGCCUGCCCCUCCUGGCUCCGGGGCAGACUGAGGCUGGCACCUACAAACUGCGCUUUGAGACGGCAGCGUACUGGCAGGGCCUGGGGCACGCCAGCUUCUACCCCUUCGUGGAGGUCGUCUUCACCAUCACUGACCCGGCGCAGAAGCUGCACCUCCCGCUGCUGAUCAGCCCCUACUCCUACACGACAUACCGGGGAAGUUAGGGGACAGGAAUGUCCUCCCUCCCAGGGAUGGAAGGUCACUGGGGAGGGAAACUACAUCACUGCCACCAUUAAAGGCUUCAAACAGCA